AGGUGGGACGGUCAUCUUCCUCCCCCACCCCUCUCGCAUCGUCUCCACCCGACCGCCACUCCCCACUCUGCCGCGACCCUCUCGACGCGGCGGCCGCCGCCGGGAUGACCGCCUUCUAGCACACCACAACCGAUCUCCCGCGGAGUCCCCCGCCCGCCCCUGCGCCGCGCCGACAGAGAUCCGGGACCUCGUUGGACUGCAGAUGCACAAAACAUAGUGUACCAGCUCUUCCUCACUCAACAUGUGGAGUUUUGCAUCAAAUGCCAUAGCUGGAAGCAUAAAGAAAAAGGUACAACCAUCAAAAGGCAGCUUAUCCAAUCAUGAUUGCUCUGAUGACGAUGGUUCUUCAUGUGCAAGUCGAGAGGAAGGCCUUGAAUGCCCAAUUUGCUGUGAAUCCUUCAACAUCGUAGAGAACGUUCCUUAUGUCUUGUGGUGUGGUCACACAAUGUGCAAGAACUGCAUCUUAGGUCUUCAGUGGGCUGUUGUCAAGUUCCCAACCCUUCCUAUCCAGCUGCCUCUCUUUGUCUCGUGUCCUUGGUGCAACCUAUUAUCUUUCCGGCUGGUGUACAAGGGCAACCUCAAGUUCCCACGUAAGAACUACUUUCUGCUGUGGAUGGUUGAGAGCAUGAAUGGUGACAGAGCAAAGUUCCAUUCCUCUGGUCAUGAAGAGCGCCAAUCAGUAUGUCCCUCCAGUGGCGGCACCAGUUCCAGUCAACACCACCGAAGAACCCCUACGGCACGAGCAGAGACCUCCUCUUCUGCCAGAGAUAGAAAUGCCACUGCCAACACCUCCAACACUGCCAGCGUGUCUCUCCAAAAGCUUAUGGUGUGCUUCGUGCAGCUGACGGCCAAGUUCCCGCUCGUGAUAAUGUUCCUCCUCAUAGUUCUCUACGCCGUCCCUGCCAGCGCCGCGGUUCUGCUCCUGUACGUCCUUGUCACGUUUUUGUUUGCGCUGCCGUCGUUUCUGAUCCUCUACUUUGCUUAUCCCACCUUGGACUGGCUCGUGAGAGAGAUAUUCACUUGAGCCGUGCUGUUCUGAAAUGUAAGUACAGUUUAUAUAGCUUUGUGAAGGUGAAAACAAAGCUUGGAUAUCUAUUUCCAUCCGUGGCGCCACUUUGCUGUUAUGUCCUCUGUAUAGAUAGCCCUUUUCUGUUCCUUGUUUUAUUUUUACCUCUUCUGCUCUGGCCUUUAGAGGCUGUGGUUUGCUGUAACUGUCUGCUCAUUGAAAUGUUGUUCUUGUUCAUGAGUGCCCCAAUCUUUGUAAUUUUCCUUUUGUUGUGGUCAGGUGUUGUAUUCCCUCCUAUCCAUAUUUAUUGUCGCUGCUCUACUAGAGGGAGUACCAUGUUUUGCA